AAAUGAGUAACUGAUAUAUUAUUAUUUGAGUUCCUCUCUACCUAAGGAAAAACAUUCCCUGGGAAUAGGCUGCUACUCAGUAGGCUAAAGGAUCUCUACUUGUGUCAUAAAAAUUAAUUUUGCUUCUUGAAAAAUAAAUUGUUAUUGAUUUCACACAUUUAGGGAUUUCUGGUCAUACUGUAAUUUAAUAAUAUAAGUAGCUUGUUAACAUCAUCAAAAUGUGUUUGUUGAGCACUUUGAUGAUGUGUACAUGUGCCAGACAGAGCUGUUCUACCAAGUUCUCCCUGCCUUCCUCCAGUCCUCUCAAGUAUCAUUUUCUCUUUCUGUGCACAUCUUUAGUGAAGAAAAUGAUGGUCUUUAGGAAGACCUUGCUAAAAUAAAAUAUUCAGCCUCAGGAAAAAACAAAGUAAGAAAUAGGGUCACUUGAUGGCUACUGGAAUUGUGGUCCUAGGUAAUUUGUGAGCUUAUUCUUACUGUAGCAUAUGAUAUGCAUUCCUUUAAUGUAAAUAACUCUAAAAGCAUGUUAUUUUCCAGUAAUGAAAGAAUCAUGGUGCCUCAUAAGCUCUUGUUCACUUGGGGGAGUGUUCAGGAAUCUCCCAGAUUUGACACCAGAAGAGGCAAGGUCAAAGCAAUUAGGCUGCACUGGUAUCUUCAGAGAAGAUGCCCUUACUGCCCUGUGCUGACUGUGGUCUCCCCAAGGCUGAGUCUAGAUUGCUGUCACCCUGUCAACUUAUUUGUCAUUGUGAAGACAACAGGGAACUGGCAAUUAGUUUGGGGGUAGAAGAGUUUGUAGGAGAAUAGAAGCAUUUAAAAGAAUCUUUGUGGGAGAAUAAUAAAGAUAAUAAAUAUGAGCUCCAUUUCUUUGCAUGAGAUCAGAGAGACAGGAAAAUAUAAUGGAGAUGAUGUAUACAAUUUCUGGUUGAAGGAUCUGUCUAUUUCAUCAUUUGGAGAGCCACAUGAGUGCAUGUCUUAGAUGGUCUGUCUGCUAUUCUUUCUGGCCAGAAGAAGGAAAGCCAGGAAGCACUGGGAAUCACAGGCUGCGACACCAAAGUCAACUCUCAGACAUCCCGGGACUAAGGAUCGGUGAACAUUUGGAUGGGCCUCCAUUUGUUCAACAUAUAUUGAUUGUGUACCCUCUUCAAGCUGAACGCUUUGUUAGAUACCUGGGGAAAUCAUGGUGAAUAAGAUGGACACAGUCCUUGUCCCUGUGGAGCUGAUGGGAGUCACAGGAGAGAGCAACAUGAAACUUGUACUUACACACCUAAUUAUUGAGUUACAUUUAUGCUAAGUGCUGUGAAAGGGAAAUGAGUGUCCAAGAAGACAUAACAGAGUGCACAGAAAACAUGCUGGCAGAGACCUAAAGCUUCCAUAGAAGUGGCCGGUGAUGAUGGGGAACUGCAUUCCAUUCAGGUUAAUGACAUGAGUUGUUUCUUUGUAAAGCUAGAGGUUUCUCAAGCCUUGCUCCCCUUGAAAUCUUGAACUACGGCUGCUAACAAUUAGAUACAUUGUAAAUUUGAAAAUAUAUGCUCCCCCAUUUUUUUCCAAGCCCUCUAUGGAGAAACUUGCAAGCUGUGAAAUGGUCUAAAGACAGCAUGAAAAAAAAAUUGCACAGAAAAUUCACAGCAGUUUAAUUAGUCUCUAAUUUUACUGGGCAGUCCAGUAAAAUUCAUUGGAACAAUUUGAAUUUUUUGGGGGGGCACUUGAUUUUAAAACCCUAAUAACCUCAUCCUCUAUUACAAAUUAAGUGGCUCAGGGUGCUAUUUAGCUAUUGUCAUUGAAAUGUCACAGAAGAAUCCAAGUAAGGGAAGAGAUCCAUUUAUCUUUCUCUGCUAUGCCUUUUAAACGCUUUCAUCAAAACAAUAGCAAGAAUAAUAUUUUAGGUAAUUUUAGAUAAUAUGGAAGACAUUACAGGACAUACCUAUAGUGCCAGAAGAGAAUUUAUAACACUCUUGUGACCCACCUUAAUAUUAAGCCCCCUGUAGGCUGGUCUGAAACCUUUUGUGGAUGCUCUUCAAAAGUAGGACACUAAAAUCCUAAUUUUCAUUUAAGAGCAUAUACACAUAUUGUAUUUAAAAUGUUACACACCUGGUAUUUUGCCCACCCUGCUUGUCAGCCUUGAGGAGCUAUGGGAGCUUGUCCAACAGUAAUUAAUGCAAAUGGUCUUUUGGAGCUGAGUUUUCCAUUGUGAUUUUCAACAUUUGUAUGUUUCAGAAAUCUGCCUACUGUACUAUAAAUGCAUUCUUAUGCAAAUUGCUACCAUCAUAUGGCCCAAUUUCUUAGUAUGAGGAGCAUGAAACUUUUAAUUACAUGUCACUGUUUUAAAACUUUCCAUUUCUUUUCAGACUUAUAUAUUCUACUAGCUAUGUUACAUUGAAGAAAUACCAAAUACCAAGAGUAGUAUUUGAUGUGUUUGAAGUGAAGUCUUCAAGGGGUGUAUUAUUUGAAGACAGUAGUUCUUCAUGGGGUGUAGUAAAAGAUGCAAGAAUAAGAAGAAAAUGAAUGCAACCUAAUUCAUCCAUGGCUGGAUUCACUAGCACAGAGCUUAUCAUCCAUAGGUUUUAUCUUAGUCUAUUCAAGCCACUAUAAAAAAUUUAAGACUGAGAGGCUUAUAAACAACAAACAUUUAUUUCUCACAGUUCUGGAGGCUGGAACAUCCAAGAUCAAGGCACUGGAAGGAGACAAAUGCCAGUCAUCAAUUCUGUAAGAUAACUGGAGAAGAGUGACAUAUUUAUUUGGCAUUGCAGAGCCUUCACAUCUUUCAUCUUUAACCCACCAGUCAGCAAAUUUCUGUUGAGAACCACUUUGGGCCCACACUUUGCUAAUCAAUAGUCACCCAACCAGCCUAGCUGAUGUGAGGGAUGAGGGGAAAGCCCUCUAGCUUGCCCCCCACCCCCAACUGUUGGUGGUAGCCUUUCACCUUUCAAAUGCCAGCCUGGACCUGUUAUUCUCUUGCCUAGGACCCUGCAGCAGCUCUCAUUGCCCUUUUGUGUAGGCCUGGAAUGGGGUGAUUCUGAUGGUGAUGGCCCUCUUUACACAGCUGCUGUGGCCCAGAGUCACCCAGCAGAGGCCCAGCCUGCCUCAGCUGCCAGCAUGCACUGCUUUGUGCCUACAACCUGGGAAAAACAUGGCAAGUUGUAGACUCUUUUUUAAAGAGUGGUCUACACAUGUUUGGGUUAAAAGCCACGUUGGACAUAUUUCUUUCUCUACAUGAUUUGCAUUCAAAGGAAUGGAACAACUUUAUUAAUAAUCUACAGUGUGAAUUGUCAGUUUCUAUCACAGAAUUUGGAUGGCAUGGGGAACAAGGAAUGAGCUUUGAAGUUAGACCGAGAUUACCACUAAUUGCUGUGUGACCCUGAUUCAAUUAUUUAACUUCUCUGAUCCUUGAAUUCCUCAUUGGAAAAAGGAAAAUAACACCAACUUCAUUCAUUAAUGACUGGAUACACUAGUACAGUGCGUAUAAUCCAUAGGUUUAUCUUAGUCUGUUCAGGCUGCUUUAAUAAAAUACCAUAAACUGGGUGGCUUAUAAACAAUAAACAUUUAUUUCUAAUAAUUAUGGCUGGGAAUUCCAAGAUGAAGGCAUGGGAAGAUUUAAUAUCUGGUAAGAGACCAUUCCUCAUAGAUGGUGCCUUCUUGCUGUGUCCUCACCUGGUAGAAGGUGCAAAUGAGCUUUUGGGGGCCUAUUUUAUAAAAGCACUAAUCUGAUUCCUGAGGGAUUCACUCUCAUGAUUUAAUCACCUCCCAAAGGCCCCACCUUCCAUACCAUCACAUUAGAAAUUAGAUUUCAGAGAUGGAUCCAAGAUGGCCAGUUAGAAGCAGCUGCAGUCUCCAGCACUCAGAGGAAUGAAAAGGGGCAAGUGAAUUCAGCACCUUCAGUUUGAAAUAUCCAGAUUCUCACAAUGGGACUGACUAGGCAAACAACACAAACCAGAGAAUGAAGAAAAGCUGGGGCUGCUGACGGCCCACCCAGGAGUGGCACAGAGCCAAAGGAACCCCCACCCCCAGCCAAGGGAACCAGUGAGUGGUUGUGCAACCCCACCUGGAAAACCAUGCUUCUCCCAUGGGUCUUUGCAACCCAAAGAUCAGGAGAUCCCCUUGUGAGCCCAUGCCUUCAGGGCUUUGGGUCUAUACACAGAGCUGUGUGGAGUUUUGGCAGAGCAGCCACUCAGGCACACACACAGUCCCAGGAGUGUCACAUACUCUAGCCCUGGGAUCCCUGGGAAGAUGGGAAUUCCAUCCAUACAUAUCCCUAGGAAGGGAGCUGAAUCCAGGGUGCCAAGCAAUGUCAUUUUGUGGGCCCCAUUUCCAUGGCACCUCACAACUUAAGAAUCACUAGCUUAGAGUCCCAGUCAGCCCAGCACUGGGUUGGAGUCUCCCUGAGAUGGAUUCAAGUUCCUGCGGGAGGAGGCAGCCACCAUCUCUGUGGUUCAGUUGACUCAGCUAUGCCAGCCUGCUGACUUUGGAGAAGACAGGCGGUCCAGAUGAGGAAGGGUCCCUCCAAUGCAGCACACUUGCUCUACCAGACAGCAGCCAAACUGCUUCUUUGGGUGGAUCCCUGAUACCAUUCCUCCUGACUGGGUGAGACCUCCCAACUGGGGUCUCUAGCCACCUCCUACAGGUACAUGCAGGCUGGCAGUAGGUCAGUACCCCCUGGGAUGGAGCUUCCAGAGGAAGGAGCUGGCUGCCAUCUUUGCUGUUCUGUGCUCUUCACUGGUGAUAACCACAUAUGGGAGAAACUGAGGCAACUAAGAUCUGGAGCAGACCCCCAGAAAACCAUAGCAGCCCUACAGUAGAAUGGCCUGACUGAUAAAAUAAAAACAAAUAAACAGAAAACAACAACAUCAACAAAAAAGACCCCACAAAAACCUCAUUCAAAGGUCAGCAACCUCAAAGAUCAAAGGUAGAUAAGCCCACAAAGAUGAGAAAGAAUCAAUGCAAAAAUGCUGAAAACUCAAAAAGCCAGAGUGCCUCUUCUCCAAAUAACUGCAGCACCUCUGCAGCAAGGACACAGAACUGGGCUGAGGCUAAGAUGGCUGAAUUGACAGAAGUAGGCUUCAGAAGGUGGGUAAUAACAAACUUAGCUGAGCUAAAGGAGCAUGUUGUAACCCAAUGCAGAGAAACUAAGAAUCAUGAUAAUACUGGAGCUGAUAGCUAGAAUAGCCAGUUUAGAGAGGAAUAUAAUUGGCCUGAUGGAGCUGAAAAACAACAUGACAAAUUCACAGUGUAAUCACAGCAGAAUGGACAGAGGAGGAAAGAAUCUCAGUGCUUAAAGAUUAUCUUUCUGAAAUAAGACAGGCAAACAAGAAUAGAGAAAAAAGAAUGAAAAGCAAUGAACAAAACCUCUGAAAAAUAUGAGAUUAUGUAAAGAGAGCAAACCUAUGACUGAUUGGGGUACCUGAAAAAGAUGGGGAGAAUGGAACCAAGUUGGAAAACAUACUGCAGGAUAUCAUCCAGGAGAAUUUCCCCAGCCUAGCAAGACAUGCCAACAUUCAAAAUCAGGAAAUGCAGAGAAUCCCAGUAAGAUACUCCAUGAGAAGAUCAACCCCAAGACACAGAAUCAUCAGAUUCUCCAAGAUUAAAUGAAAGAAAAAAUGUUAAGGGUAGCCAGAGAGAAAGGCUAGGUCACCUACAAAGGGAAACCCAUUAGACUAACAGUAGACUUCUCAGUAGAAAAUCUACAAGCCAGAAGAGAUUGGAGGCCAGUAGUCAACAUUCUUAAAGAAAAGAAUGUCCAACCCAGAAUUUCAGAUCUGGCCAAACUAAGUUUCAUAAGUGAAGGAGAACUAAGAUCCUUUACAGACGAGCAAAUGCUUAGGGAAUUCAUCACCACCAGGCCUGCCUUGCAAGAGCUCCCAAAGGAAGCACAAAAUAUGGAAAGGAAAAACCAAUACCAGCCACUACGAAAACACACUGAAGUACACAGAGCAGGGACACUAUGAAGCAACCACAUAAAAAAAAGUUUGAAAAAUAACCAACUAGCAUCAUGAUGACAGGAUCAAAUUUACACAUAACAAUACUAAUCUAAAAUGUAAACAUGCUAACUGCCCUGAUUGAAAGGCACAGAAUGGCAAGCUGGAUAAAGAGCCAAAACCCAUCAGUAUGCUGUUUUCAAGAGACCCAUCUCACAUGAAAAGACACACAUAGGCUCAAAAUAAAGGGAUGGAGGAAAUUUUACCACACUAAUGGAAAAAAGAAAAAGAGCAGAGGUGGUAAUCCAGUUUCUGACAAAACAGACUAUAAACCAACAAAGAUAAAAAAAAGAUGAAGGGCAUUACAUAAUGGUAAAGGGUUUAAUUCAACAAGAAGAGCUAACUAUUCUAAAUAUAUAUGCACCCAAUACAUAAGCAUGCAGAUUCAUAAAGCAAGUUCUCAGAGACCUGCUAAGGGACUUAAACUCCCACAGAAUAAUAGUGGGAGACUUUAACACCCCACUGACAAUAUUAGACAGAUUAUCAAGACAGAAAAUUAACAAAGAUAUUCAGGAUCUGAACUCAGCCCUGGAUCAAGUGGACUUGAUAGGUAUCUACAGAACUGUCCACUCAAAAACAACAGAAUAUACAUUCUUCUCAUCACCACAUGGCAUUUACUCUAAAAUUGAUCACAUAAUCAGAAGUAAAACACUUCUCAGCAAAUGUAAAAAAAAAAAACAAAUCAUAACAGUCUUUCAGACUACAGCACAAUCAAACUAGAAUUCAAGAUUAAGAAACUCACUGAAAACUUAAAAACUACAUAGAAAUGGAACAACCUGCUUCUGAAAGACUCUUGGGUAAAAAUGAAAUUAAGGCAGAAAUCAAGAAUUUCUUUGAAACUAAUGAGAACAAAGAGGCAAUGUACCAGAAUCUCUGGGUUGCAACUAAAGCAGUAUUAAGAGGGAAAUUUAUAGCACUGAAUGUCCAUGUCAAAAAGCUAGAAAGAUUGUAAGUUAACAACCUAACAUCUCAAAUAAUAGAAGUAGAGAACCAAAAGCAAAUAGACCCCAAAGCUAGCAGAAGACAAGAAAUAACCAAGAUCAGAGCAGAACUGAAGGAGACACAGACAUGAAAAAACCUGUUAAAAAAUCAACAAAUCCAGAAGCUAGUUUUGUGAAAAAAAAGUAAUAAAGAGACAGGCUGCUGGCUAGACUAAUAAAGAAGAAAAGAGUGAAGAAUCAAAUAAACAAUCAGAAAUGAAAAGGGGAAUAUUACCACUGACCCUACAGAAAUACAAACAACUAUCAGAGAAUACUAUAAAUAUCUCUAGGCACAUAAACUAGAAAAUCUAGAAGAAAUGAAUAAAUUCUUGGGCGCAUACACCCUCCCAAGACUGAACUAGGAAGAAAUUGAAUCCCUGAAUAGACCAAUAACAAGUUCUGAAACUGAGGCAGUAAUAAAUAGCCUACCAAACUAAAAAAACCCGUGACCAGAUGGAUUCACAGCUAAAUUCUACUAGAUGUACAAAGAAGAACUGAUACCAUUGCUACUGAAACUAUUUCAAAAAAUUGAAGAGGAGGGACUCCUUCCUAACUCAUUCUAUGAGGCCAGCGUUAUCCUGAUAAGAAAACCUGGCAGAGAUACAGCAAAAAGAGAAAACUUCAGGCCAGUAUCCUUGAUGAAUAUUGAUGCAAAAAUCCUCAGGAAAAUACUGGCAAACUGAAUCCAGCAGCACAUCAAGAAGCUUAUCCACCAUGAUCAAGUUGGCUUCAUCCCAGGAUGCAAGGUUGGUUCAACAUAUGCAAAUCAAUAAAUGUGAUUCAUCACAUCAAUGGAACUAAAGACAAAACCCUCAUGAUUAUCUCUAAUAGAUUCAGAAAAGACCUUUAAUAAAAUUCAACAUUCCUUCAUGUUAAAAACUCUCGAUAAACUAGGUAUUGAAGGAACAUACCUCAGAAUAAUAAGAACCAUAUAUGACAAAUGCACAGUCAAUAUCCUACUGAAUAAGCAAAAGUUAGAAGCAUUGUUCUUGAAAACUGGCACAAGACAAGGAUGCCCUCUCUCACCACUCCUAUUCAACAUAGUAUUGGAAGUUCUAGCCAGGGCAAUCAGGCAAGAGAAAGAAAUAAAGAUUAUUCAGAUAGGAAGAGAUGAAGUCAAAUUAUCUUUGUUUGUAGGUGACAUGAUCCUAUAUCUAGAAAACCCCAUCAUCUCAGCCCAAAAGUUUCCUAAGCUGAUAAGCCACUUCAGCAAAGUCUCAGGAUAUAAAAUCAGUCUGCAAAAAUUGCUAGCAUUCCUAUACACCAACAACAGGAAAGCAGAGAGCCAAAUUAUGAAUGAACUCCCAUUCACAAUUACUACAAAAAGAAUAAAAUGCCUAGAAAUACAGCCAACAAGACGAAUGAAGGACCUCUUCAAGGAAAACUACAUACCACUGCUCAAGGAAAUCACAGAGGACACAAACAAAUGGAAAAACAUUCCAGGCUCAUGGAUAGAAAGAAUCAAUAUCAUGAAAAUGGUCGGCUCCCUGCUUCUCCUGUUCGACAGACAGCCACAUUUUCUCUUGCAUUGCCAGCCACAUCCCUGAGACAUCAUGGUGAAGGUGAAGGCCAGAGUCGACAGAUUUGGUCAUGUUAGGUGUCUGGUCACCAGGGCUGCUUUUAACUCUGCUAAAGUAGAUAUUAUGGCCAUCAGUGACCCCUUCAUUGACCUCAACUACAUGGUGUACAUGUUCCAGUAUGGUUCUACCCAUGGCAAAUUCCAUGGCACUGUCAAGGCUGAGAACAGGAAGCUUGUCAUCACUGGAAAUCUCAUCACCAUCUUCCAGGAGCGAGAUCCCUCCAAAAUCAAAUGGGGUGAUGCUGGCACUGAGUACAUUGUGGAGUCCACCAGCAUCUUCAUCAUCACGGAGAAGUCUGGGGCUCACUUGCAGGGAGGAGCCAAAAGGGUCAUCCUUUCUGCCCCCUCUGCCAACACCCCAAUGUUUGUGAUGGGCGUGACCCAUGAGAAUUAUGACAGCAGCCUCAAGAUCAUCAGCAAUGCCUCCUGCACCAUGAAUUGCUUAGUGCCCCUGGCCAAAGUCAUCUGUGACAAUUUUGGCAUCAUGGAAGGACUCAUGACCACAGUCCAUGCUGUCCCUGCCACCCAGAAGACUGUGGAUGGACCAUCCAGGAGACUGUGGUGUGAUAGCCAUGGGGCUCUCCAGAACAUCAUCCCUGCCCCUAGCGACGCUGCUAAGGCUAUGGCCAAGGUCAUCCCUGAGCUGAAUGGGAAGCUCACUGGCAUGGCCUUCUGUGUCCCCACUGCCAACUUGUCAGUUGUGGAUCUGACCUGCUGUCUUGAAAAACCUGCCAAAUAUGAUGACAUCAAGAAGGUGGUAAAGCAGGUGUCAGAGGGCCCCCUCAAGGGCAUCCUGGGCUACACUGAGUACCAGCUUGUCUCCUCUGAUUUCAACAGUGACACCCACUCUUCCACCUUCGACGCUGGGGCUAGCAUUGCCCUCAACGACCACUUUUUCAAGCUCAUUUCCUGGUAUGACAAUGAAUUUGGCUACAGCAACAGGGUGGUGGACCUCAUGGCCCACAUGGCCUCCAAGGAGUAAGACCCCCAGACCACCAGCCCCAGUGAGAGCACAGGAGGAAGAGAGAGGCCUUCACUGCUGGGGGACACUUAGUCCCCCUCCACACUGAGAAUCCCCCCUCCUCAGAGUUUCCAUGCAGAUCUCCUGAAGAGGGAGGGGCCUAGGGAGCCCCACCUUGUCAUGUACCAUCAAUAAAGUCCCCUGUGCUCAGUCAAAAAAAGAAAAAGGAAAUGGUCAUACUGCCCACAGUAAUUUAUAGAUUCAAUGCUAUCCCAUUAAACUACCAUUGACAUUCUUCACAGAAUGGAACCAAAAAAGAUCCUGAAUAGCCAAGACAAUUCUAACCAAAAAGAACAAAGCUGUAGGCAUCAAGCUACCCGACUUCAAACUACACUGCAAGACUACAGUAACUAAAACAGCAUGGUACUGGUACAAGAACAGACACAUAGACCAAUGGAAUAGAAUCAUAUACUCAGAAAUAAGACCACAUGCUUCCAGCCAUCUGAUCUUCAACAAACUUUACAAAAGUAAGCAAUGGGGAAAGGAUUCCCUAUUUAAUAAAUGGUGCUGGGAGUGCUGGCUAGCCAUAUGCAGAAAAACGAAAAUGGACCCCUUCCUUUCACCAUAUACAAUAUUAACUCAAGAUGGAUUAAAGACUUAAAUGUAAAACUCAAAACUAUAAAAACCUUAGAAGAAAAUCUAGGCAAUACCAUUCAGGACAUAGGCACGGGCAAAGAUUUCAUGAUGAAAACACCAAAAGCAAUUGCAACUAAAGCAAAACUUGACAAAUGAGAUCUAAUUAAAAAGAGCUUCUGCACGGCAAAAGAAACCAUCAUCAGAGUGAACAGGCAACCUACAGAUUGGGAUAAAAUUUUUGCAAUCUAUCCAUCUGACAAAGGUCUAAUAUCCAGAGUCUACAAGGAACUUAAACAAAUUUAUAAGAAACAACCCCAUUAAAAAGUAAGCAAAGAACAUUAACAGACACUUCUCAAAAGAAGACAUACAUGUAGCCAACAAACAUAUGAAAAAAACCUGAACAUCACUGAUCAUUAGAGAAAUGCAAGUCAAAACCACAACGAGAUACCAUCUUAUGGCAGUCAAAGUGGCUACUAUUACAAAGUUAAAAACAAAACAAAACAGGUUCUGGUGAGGUUGUGGAGACAAAGGAGCACUUUUGCAUA